UUCUCCCUGGCCAAUGUUCGCGCGCCUUCGCGCCAGACAUGCCGUUCGUAGAGCUGGACACGAACUUGCCCGCCGACCGCUUGGCCGCAGGACUGGAGAAGCGGCUCUGCGCGGCCACCGCCUCCAUCCUGGGCAAGCCUGAGGACCGCGUGAACGUGACGGUGCGGCCCGGCCUGGUCAUGGCGCUGAACGGCUCAGCAGAGCCUGCCGCGCAGCUGCUCGUCUCCUCCAUCGGUGUGGUGGGCACAGCUGAGGAGAACCGCGUCCACAGCGCCCGCUUCUUCGAGUUCCUUACUAAGGAGCUAGACCUGGCCCAGGACCGGAUAAUUAUCCGCUUUCUCCCUUUGGAGCCCUGGCAGAUCGGCAAGAAAGGGACAAUCAUGACUUUUUUGUGAUUGGCAUGGAGGGCAUCCAGGACAUCUGUAAGCUGGCAGCCCCUUCCAGAGAGGUCUCCCGGCAGGGUGAGGGUCUGAUGGAUGCCAACUUCUGUCACCCCCACGUCCAGACAUGCCUGUGACCUCACCUGACAAAUAAACAAAAAAAGCUUUUGUCUCUCAGACAUGA